AUAGUGCUUGUGCUGCUCAUUUUGGCCUCCCUGUCAGUACGUGUGACGUGCCUGUCUCAAACAGAGGUCCCUUGUGCAUAAAUAAAUAUUCAACAGAUACGAUACCAGAUCGGAAAGAUAAUUUUUCUUCUUUUUAAAAAAAAUCUAAUAUCAAUUAGUUUGAGGUUUGCGGUUCAAGCUUGUUCACUUUACUUGGAUUGGGUUCACUGUCGGGGCUUUAUAAAUUAAGUAAGGGUGUUAGAGUUGCAACAAAAAUUCAGGUUUUAAAUUAGGGGGCUUCAGCCCUCCAAGCCUUCCAUAAUUUCCGCCAGGAUGCAUUCUAUCUAAAGUCUACGCCAGACAUUGCACCAGAAGACCUCUGCACCUAGAUGCAGGAAGUGCACUCGGGGUGGGGUAAGGUUCAGUUAGGUGCAGGCUGUGGGGUAGGAUUAGGGCAAGGGUUAAGCUUGGGUAGUAAGGGUACUGGGUACCUAUUCAGAUCCAAUAAUAGUGGAUCUAAUUGCCUUCCCUCCCAAACUACUUAAUUCCCAAACUCUACCCUAAUUAGCCAAAAAUAAAGAAACUUUGAGUAAUGAAAAAUAUCCUAAUUUCUUAUAAAAAAGAGUGUACACUCAUAUUUUUCAUUUUUAACUGAAAAGUUCUUUAGCGCUUUGUAAAAAAUGAGGACAUGGUCCUCUAUUUCGCCAGCCCUAUGAAUUCAAUAAGAAGUUAACCUCGCACCAAUGACGUGAAUGUUCCAACUUCACCCCUUCUUUUUUUCCCAAUCGUUCUCCGUUGAACUAGUCCUUCAUUGUCAUCAAGGGUCAAAACCAUAUACUAGAAUAACAAACACCGCCUGCCAGAAAACUAAGACCCUGUAAACGGGGCUUGGGUCAAAAUUUGAUGGUAUGGUUUUGCAUAUUGUGGUCUAAAUUUGCUUUGCUUUGAUUGUAACCAGAAGCGUGAUUUGAGAAGGGAGUCGACUAUAUACAGUUUUAAUAUCUAUUUUUAAUAUCUAUGUUUUCAAGCUUGUGUUUGCCAGAUGAAGACUAUGUCAUCGAUAAAUUAUUUCCAAAAUAUUCGACUACACCCCAUCGGGGCAUUGCUCGAGAUAUGUUGUCAUGAAUAUGUUGGCACAAUUUGGGGCAAAGGGUUGCGGCUCCUUAAGGGGGUUAAUAAAAUUUACCAUUACACUCUUCUUUAUAAGAGACAGUAAACUGAAGUUCAAUCUGGUUGUUCUUAAUUUUUUCGUAAAUCUGAGGCUGAAUUGUUCUUAAUUUUGUCUACGAUUGCUAGUUUUUCGCUAGCAAUGAGUAGCGCGAUUGCUAGCUUUUGGCUCUAGGGAGGUGCCCAGGCCUCAUUUGCUAACAAAUGGCGUGAGAAAACCUUCAUUUGCCGCCAUAUUUGGACAUUCAUCGAAAAAGCACCCCAAGGUGGCAGAAAACUCAUCGUUUUUGAGUUCAUUGUUCAAAGUUACAUUUUACAGUAGCUGAGCCUCAGCUUGUUUUUAAUUUGUUCUCAACUUUUGGCCAAUUUUGAAGCUCGUGUUCUUACAAAACUGUUCUUAUAAAAAGAGAGUGUAAAGGCAAUAUAAUUAUGUUUGAGAAUAAAAAUCAUCAUGUGUUGUAUUUUAUAUGCAGCAGGGUAGUUUUCCAAUAAUGAUUUUCGAUGGAACGGUAGAUGCAGCAGGGUAGUUUCCCCAAAUGUACGGACUUUCACACCUGUUGAAAGGGAGGCCUUGUCUAGGCUUGGACAUGAGCCUUAAUUAAAAAUUUAGUGUAAUAAAUCAGAGGAUCUGGCAAACCCGAACAGAUAUUUUGUAUUUUUGUCAAGCACACGUUAAUUUUGAGCUGUCGAACCGCGCGCUUCGAAUCACGUUAAAACACAGUAGUUUGGUGUGCGAGGGAAACAGGACCAGCAAAUUUAUAAGAAACUACCGCUUUAUAAGAAACUCUUUUGAUUCUAUAAGAAAUAUCAUUGGUACUUAUCUGAAAGACGUUAGCUACUUCAGAAGUUGCGGGUUGGUUACGAGAAAAAGAUGCGGGUUGUUUUCCAAGAAAGCACUUUUAGUCGUUUACCUCCGGCUAGAGCGGUCAUUCCCUGUUCUUUUGUUUUCCUCUGGCCGUAUAAUGAAUAUAACACCCUUGCUCGACUCUACAAGCGCUAGUGUAGUUUGCAUAUCGUGUCGUUAACGGUGCAUCCAAAAACAAUAACAAAAUCAGCAUGGUUGAAGAGCCUGCACUUAUUUAUCCAAGAGAUGCGACUGAACUUGAGAACGUUCCUCCACCUGUGUUGCCUAGAGAGGCUAAAAUGGACUUGCAAGUGUUUUCUGGAAAGGCUCCUCACGAACAAAAGAAUGCUUACAACAGAGUGUACAGCUAUAGCAUCAGCGAAGACGCCAUAGUUGAAGUGAGAAAAUUGCGCAGACGAACGAACAUUUUGUUUAGCGUUAUGGCGCUGUUUAUAUUGCUCGUAUUGGUUCUGGCGCUUUUAGCCUAUUUCCUUUUCUUUCGCUCUUUGUCGACUACAAAAUCGGAAAUCUCAACACAGGUUGCAAACAGUUCUCGCCAUGGCCUGUUAGCCGAUCAAACGAAACCACCAGCGCUGUUUACGACAAGCCCUCGAAGUCUAAAAACAGCUUCACUGGUAAGCCUUGGCGAAAGGCGGGAAAUUCCGCUUUCCAAGAAAGAUGCUGCUCCACAGUUGAAUAAUUUCAUAGAAGUUGUUGGUUAUGGCAACAGAUUUAUCCGCUACAAUGCAGGUGAAAUACUUAAUGAUUGGAAAGUUGGCAAGGCUCAUGGUAACUGUAAACUCGAGUCUUCUUCAUUCAUAGUUAUCAACACAACAGGACUAUAUGAAGUCUAUGGGCAGGUUACCUGCAGGAACAACAAAAACAAAAGAAUGCAAAUCGAUCUUCUGAAAAACCAUGAAGUAAUUGAGGUAAUACAUGCCAAAGACUUCAAAUUUGAGGUUUUUUUGAAAAGCGAUGAUUAUUUGCUAUUCAAGGCUGCUGAAAUGUUGUCAGUUGAUAUGAGACCAAUAUCUACAAAAAUAAUUGUGAGGCAGGUUAAAUAGGGAAGGUUAAUUCACUUCCUCAAUACUUGUGCUACCAAAUAUAACAUCUAUUUACUGCAAUCGUAGCAAUCUAUUUUAAAUGCAGUGGGUACUUUUCAACCAUCCAUGGAACACCAAGAUAUAGCAGGGCCGGUGCCAUUGGUUCUAACUUGAGGAGGGGAGGGCAAAAAGUACCAACAUAGUACUUUUACGUAAGGCCCCCUCCACCCCAGCCCAUGUUGGCAAAAAAUUCUAACUCUAUUUUACCAGUGGAUCUUGGUGCUUUUUAAUUAAAAAAUCUCACUUUAAAACUUUUAGUUGGCAGAAAAUUUGGGGGUCAUGCUCCCCCCCCCCUGUGGCACUGGCCCUGUGUAGUGGUGAAUCAACCCUCAAUGUAACACCAAUAAUGAAUUAGGGCUUGAUUGAAUCAAAGAGCAAGCACAUGCUUGCAUAAAAUUUUAUGCAUCCAUACAUCUAAGUACAGCCCCAAUUUAAGAGCAAAAGUACAUCACCAAAUCUUUAUAUUUUCUCUAACUUCAAAACUUAACUGUCACAUUCUACUUCCACCAUUCUGAUGGAAUAUUAUCUACACCCAUUGACACCACAAUUUACCUCUUUUUUGAAUCAACAGAAAUAAAAUGGUUUAAACAAAAUUUGAAGUACUUUCUAUUCAAUAUAUUUAGCAAAGAUGAACAUGUUUUCACUUUUGCAAAUUAAAUUUGAUUUUCUGUGAAAUAAGUGUUUUGUCUUUUUUGUUAAGGUGAGCAGAUUUUAUUGAAUUCAACACCUGACCUGGAAAAUUUGACUUUACAAUUGAUUUAAGGGGUCUUGAGGCAUCAUUCUUCAUUUUCUGACUAUAAAAUUUUUUUAAGGAAAUAAUUACCUGUCUCAAAUAUUCUAUUUAAGGUUAAGAACAUAAACUUUUUUUCACAAACAAACAACCAGCCCAACCAUGAGACCUUGUCAUAUAAUACUUAAAAACCGAAAGCUUUCGGGUGAUCAAACUUUCAGACAAAAAUUCUUACGAAACUUGAUUUAUCCGAAAUCUAAGUUUGUUCGAAUGUUUUUUGUCUGAAAGUUUUAAUUUCUAAGAAAUUAAGAAAAACACAAAGAAUUGCAUUUGACAAUACUCUUUCUUUUUACAGGAAACAUUAAUUUCAAUAUCAGCUUUUUAUGGUUCGGAUUCGUAGCCUUCUUGUCAAAUAAUCACUGGCAGCACAUUGCUCUGACCAUCGAUUUUUUGAUCACUGCCUUCUUCAUCAGCUCCGAUACUUUCAAUUUAUCUCACAUCGCUUCUGAAAAGUUUAAUACUUUCAUCGGCAAUCCAGCACUCUCUUUUAGUUUCCAAACCUUGAGUCGAUGGAGGUACCUUCUCUUUUAGUCUGAUCUUGAAAACUGUACUCAAAACAAAUUCUGUCCUCCAUGAUGAAUUGGUGAUAUGUGAUAUUUUUCAUCGAAGACGUUCCACCCCUCUCAGGAAGAAACACUUGGCUCUUGAAUUCUUCUCAGUUUGCUUCUUUUUCCGCAGCGGUGUGCAAAGGCUUUGGUGGGGCUAAUUUUCCCCCAGCUUUUCUAUUACACCCAUUUUAACGUAAAAUUACAUUUGAAUUUAGCAUAUAAUUUGGUAUUUGUCCGAGAGUUUUUUAUCCGAAAUUCUCGAAAAUGCGUUUUUGUCCGAAGUUGUUUUGCCGAACCUUUUCCAUCCGAAAAUUAUAACGCGAUGCAUUUUCAUAUUCUGAGCCCUGAGCUGUAUAAUCUGAGCACCCUGUUAACGUGGGCUGGGCUGUCUGACACAUUGUUCAGUUGGAAACCUUUUUGAAAAAUGUAUAUACUGUUAUGGUAUAGAGUGCUGUAAAUAUUUGUCUAAAUAAAAGGACUGAAAGCAUUGUUGAUCAGUUUCAUUUUUCAUUAUCAAUUUUUAUGAUAAAUAGUGGAAGGUAUAUAUCAUGUAAAUUUGCUAUUUUUGUUUAAGGAGCUGUAGAUAUAUGUUGUAUUAACCCGCUACCUUGAUUUUGCUAUAUUAGUUCUUGAACUGAAGCUCUACAAAGAUCAUUUUCUGGUAGCCAGCCAUUCGACUCUAUUCGACCUUAAAUUUGCCGUUUACUUCAAUGAAGUUGUACAUUUUUGUAUUGAAUACUUAGAUUUUAAUGACAACUUUUCCAAACAAUUUUUUUGUGUUUGAAUAAUCUCCUUUGAUCUUCGUGGUCUUCUGUCCCAGGGAAGUGACUCAAAAUUUCUACAAACAGGUAGGUCCAUCCGCAGUUAUCAAGAUUCACCUAAAAGUAACAAAAGCAAAUUUUGCAGACCCAUGAUUAUCAGCUAAAAAGUAUUGAUAAAACCGAAAAAUUUCAAAAUAAUAUAGAUAUGAUCAGGCCACUACACUCUUUUUUUAUAAGAACAAUUUUAUAAGAACACGAGCCUCAAAACUGGUCGAAAGUUAAGAACAAAUUAAGAACAAGAUGUGGCUGAGCUUUUGCAAAAUGCAAUUUUGAACAACGUUUUUUCUCAAAAUCGAGGACUUCUAGCGAUUUGUGGGUGCUUUUUCGGUGAAUAUUAAAAAAUUUGUCAGCAAAUUAAGGCUGUCUCACUCACUUUGUUGGCAAAUGAGGCCUAAACACCUCCUUAGAGCGAAAAAGCUAGCAAUAGCACUGCUUGCACCCUCUAAAUUUAAGAACAAAUUAAGAACAAUCGAGCCUCAGAUUUUCGAAAAAAUUAAGAGCAGUCAACCUGAACUUAAAUUUACUGGUUCUUAUAAAAAAAAGAGUGUAGUCGUAGUAAUUUAGGCUGUUCCUGUAAUAAUCAGCUCAAACACAUUUGUCCCUUUUUGCUUGUUUUUGAUAUUGUCGUGUCAGUUGAACCUCUAAGUUUGAAAAAGGUAUGUUGUUAAAUCAGGUACCCAAAAUUAUCAGAUCACAAUGAAAAUUCUUACCCAAAAUUAUCGGAUGGACAGGUGACUCCCCUGGUCUGUCUGUUGCCAUUGCUCAUUAAAAAGCAUCAUACUAUAAUCAUGGUGGUCAUAGCAAAUUCCCCACGACUGAUACGACCAGAAAUAGCAUUGAAAAUAUAUUGUAUUUCUAUGAUCAGAUACGACCCUUAAAGUCUUGUACACUUUGGUUCUAUUUUUAAUAGUUUUUUAGAAAAUAGUAAAAAUCUACGAAAUCUACGAAAACUUAAUACUAUAUACGAAAAGCAUAAGAAACGGUUUAUGAAAAUUUAAAGUUUAAACCCCCUCAAAUGUGUUCGAGCAACCCUGUUCAAAGGGAAUAGGGCAUGCUUUUCCAGCUUUGUUCAGGAGCUGCCACGGGCUUUGUGGAAUGGACUCUUAAGUGAACAUUGAGCUGGUCCGGCAAUUCUGCCUGUGCGGCUUACCACAGAGACAAGAUAAUCCUAUCUCUUUUGUUUAUGCACAAUAUCGCUGUUGACAGAAUGAAAUUUCAUAACUUUGAUGUUCAAUCUUUUGAGUUCUUGGAAAACAAAAUUGUGUUAAAGAAAGCUUCGGUUCUAAGCACGCAAAUGUUUUGUGUUUUUAAGCCUGAUUGCCACUAAGAAAGAUCUCAGCGAAGUACUUCGCGCGAACCUUUUUUCUCGUUAAAUUUUGUCGCUUUUCUGUUUCCACUCUGUUCGCAAUAUUUCUCUCAUGCCUGCGAAAACGUGUUCUGAACGACAUUUGGUCGAAUAUAUCUUUUUAAGUUGGUUGCACCUUUAUAACGCAUCGGCUCCGACAAAGGUGGGGGGCAAAGGUGGGGGGGGGGUUAGGAAAAAUUUAAUGGGAAUUAAUUUCUUAAUUCGAGUUAAUGCCCGCGGGGAAGGCGCCUAUUCUCGUUCAAGGGUCGUGUUAUCUUGCACGUGCAUCCUUGCUAGGCUGUCAAUCAUAAUUUGUCAUCUAUUAUUAUGCUAAUUACCUCAUGGUGCGUUUACAAGGCAGUGCUCUAACCUGCAUGUAGUUUUCGACCUGGCAGCUUGUGGGUUACGCCACAUUGUAUGCGUUUAAUCCAUAGAGAUUCCCCCUCCCAGUCCCACCCCUCUCUUAGGUCCUCAGUCCUUUUUUCUUCCCUACCUGCCCCGACCACAUUUCCUUCUCCCUCUCUUCCUGACGGGUGUAUCAGUCUGAUUGGCGGGUUAAAAAACUGAGGUUUGUUCCCUGAUAUCAAACACCUACCUUAAAUUACGUCAUUGCUCAGGCAAUACAAGGGCUUGUAACUGUAAGGGUUCUUGUCAUGACGGUGAAGAUUUGAUGUUAUCUCUAACUUACAUUAUAUUACUAGAAAUAGCUCUUGCUAGUACUGCCCGCAAACAAUUAGUUCCUUGAUAAUGAUUGUUUUGAAAAUGUAGGUCAGGAUAUUCGAAGAAGACACCAUCUUGGGUUUUCACAAUUCUAUAAAAACAGCUGCUCUAGUUGAUGCUAAACUAUUCUUUUUAUCAAGAAUUUUUGGUGUUCAGUUUGCCUUUGAUUUAAGUCCAACGCUCUUUUGAAAAUCAUGAAGUUUUUCGAGGGUUUGACAUUUAUUUUUCGAUAAUCACGACAAUCAUAACUUUUGCUCGUACGGUCUCGAGUUUUUGGGAGAAAAGUGUGGCAUUCGACUGGUUUUGAUUCCCAAAACUUCGAAUCAAAACUUCCAUCCAUUGCGGAGAACCGAGCUGUGAUGCAGCACCGUUUUCGUGCCAAAAAACCGAAGGCCUUUAACAGAGUCUUGGCAGAGCAACGCUCCGAAGAUAAUUCCCUUUCGCACAAAGAGGUGGCGGUUAACGACCUCCUCGACAAAGCCGAUUGAUUGACAAUGAAAUUGAUUGACAGUUGUCAUGGCAGCAGAAAGUGACAAAAUCUGCUGACAAAGUGCUGACAACAUGAACUGAAGCUUCCAUAUGCUACUUAUACGCGGGGCAGACUAUAAGCCCUUCACUCGCGCGCUGUCGCUGUCGCGCGCGAGUUGCGGGCAAAAACACUGACAAAGGAACACUGUGAAACAUCACAUAACAAGAUGACAGUGACGCACAUUUCCCGGAAGGGAGUUACUAACACAACAGCGCGACAAACAAACAUGUGACAUUAACACGCAACAUAAUCAAAGAUCUAGCUAAACAUAAUAAUAAUAAUUACUGAAGAAUACAAGUCCUAAAACGUUACAGGCUGAUGCACCGAAAGCCCAAAUUGUUUUUCCUGAGAUAGGGAUUCACUUAGUGCAUUGAUUAGGGGCCCCGCGAAGGAAUUAAACACCCAUAACAAAAGGUUUCGAGAAAAAGCUUUAUACGAAAGACAAAAUUUCUUUGAACGCUUUCAUUUCAACGAGAAAAAAAUUGGAAAGGCCAAGUUUGUUAUUUCGCAAGCGAAAUGCGAAAAAGUUCAACUGACUUCAACUUUUAUCUCAGAGAACUGGAGAAAUGACAAGAUGCAUGUGCAAUAGGUUUGAAGUUCGGGCUAGUUGUUUUUAAUCUUUGCAAAACUUUACGGCUGGAUUGUCCAUAAUUCGUUUUUAAAUAAUUAGGGUUUAUGCAGUGUUAUCUCCUAUUUUGCUCAAGAAGAAUGUUUAAACCCUUUUUGUCAAUUAAGCCAGCGAGCUAUUCUUUAUUCAAGUUUGAAAAUUCACUGGAAAGCAUCUCUUGAUGGCAAAAACUCAACGUUUUUAGAUGAAAUUUGAAUGUGAUCCGUUCACUGCUCGACAAAAAACUUCUCCGCAAACCUCGCUCUGUAAAGCCCAAUCUCCAGUGAGAAAAAGUCUUGCGAAAUUUCGCUGCGAAAUACUUCACGCGACAAAUUCCUUUGAAUGCUUUUGUUGACCUCACGACAUUGGAAUGUAAAGUUUGGAAGCGUGACAAAGAAAUACGGAGUAUGAUUGGCUGUUGAAGGAUUUCGCAAGCGAAAAGCGAAAAAAAAUAAACUCAUUUUAACUUUUUCGCAGAGAAAUUCUUCGCGAGAAAUCCCAGCAAAAGAUUACUGCGCAUGCCUAAGACGUAUUUCGGGCGAACUUUUUCGCAUUUCGCAGUUUUUUCCGCAAAAUUACUUUGUUUGGUUUAGCCAACGAAAAUUCAAUAUGAACAGAACAUCUCACAGGGUGUCAAAGAUACAUAGAGGGCAUUGUUUUCGGUGGACCUAUUGUCUUCUCGAUACAACAGUUGUCAUCGAAUUACUGGCAAUUGUCCAUUUCAGGACAAUCCUUACGGCCUAAAUGGUCCUAUAAUUCGCCUGAUUUGAAUAAAGAAGUAAAGGCUAGCAAUGUUUGCAUCAUAUUCCAUCGUGGGUAUUGUUGCAUUUUGUGCAUUUGUUUUGUUUCUUUGGAUUAUAAUUUCCUGGUGGAAAAACCCAUAUAAAUGUAUACCCGGCCCGACUGGUUGGCCAAUCAUUGGCAACACUUUUGAGUUCUCUGGAAACACCGAUCAGCAUGCGCUUUUUCUGCAAUGGACAAGACAGUAUGGCAGAAUAUUCAAGUAUUAUGUCCUUUUUGGGGGAUACAGAAUCUACAUAACAGAUCCUUCUAUUGCCAGGCACAUCCUUGUUACGAAUUUCAAGAACUACAGAAGACAGGAUGUGCUCAGGAAGCUUCUUCCAGGAUUCGGUACUGGAUUAAUAACGGCCAAUGGUCGCACCCAUGCUACACAGAGGAAACAGCUGAACCCGUUCUUUUCCUUAGCAAAUGUCCAGAAGUUCUUCCCAAUCUUCGUGGAAAAGACCAACGCUUUAAUAGCGCUUUGGAAUGACCAGUUGAUGAACUCAAGUAACAAAGCCAUUGAGCUUGAUGUCUUAGAAAAGCUGACCCACCUUUCAUUGGACAUCAUUGGCAUCUGUGCCUUUGGUUACAAUUUCAACUGUAUCAUGGGAGGACACAGUGAAGAGAGUAAAGCAACUGACACUGUAUUACGUGGAAACUUUGAUUUGCAGCGCCGUUCCCUCGAGCAGAUGAUCCCAUUGUUCACGUUGUUCCGAUCAAGCACUCAAAAAGAGUUUAUCAAAGCUGAGACUUGUUUAAAGAAUCUUAUAAAUCAAGUGAUUCAAGAUAGAAGAAAACAUCUGGAAAAUGGAGAUGCUACUGCUGAGAAUGAUCUACUUAGCAUCCUGUUUUCAAUGGUAGACGAACGUGGAUUGAAAUUGUCAUCAAAGGAUAUCUACCAUCAAGUAUUUACAUUUCUAAUUUCUGGUCAUGAAACAACCAGCUUGACGAUAAUGUGGACGCUUUACUUGCUUGCAAAGCAUCCUGACAUUCAAACUGAAGUUAGGCAAGAGAUAUCAAGGUUUACCAAUCCACCUUGUGCCGAGAUCACGUGGGAACAGAUUGAGCGAAUGAAACUAUUAGACAACUGUAUAAAAGAAGCCAUGAGAUUAUACCCUGUUGCUAUAACAACCGACCGAACCUCGAUUGGGGCUGACACUUUGGGGCCUCACAAAAUUUUGCCUGGAACGCACGUUAUGGUGGGAACAGGUACUCUACACCGUGAUGAAGAAUUUUGGAAGGACCCAGAUACCUUCAACCCUUGCAGAUUUGAUGAGAUAGGUGAUGAUAAACACAGAUCGCUCCUGUACCAGUUUUUGCCGUUCUCUCGUGGCCCACGCAUGUGCAUUGGCUACAGGUUCGCUACGGCUGAGAUUAAAGUUGCAUUGGUCAAAUUACUCAGCAAUUUUCAGUUUACCUUUGUGUCUGAGAAGGAUUCCAAAAUGUUAGACUCAGAUAUAAGCACCAUCUCAGCAUUGACGUUGAAACCAUUUCCACGACUUUCAUUGAGAAUGGAACAUGCAAGGGCAAAAUCUAUAUGAAUUAUGUUUAAUUGACAAUCAAUUGAAUUUUCGAGACAAUAGCAAUUAUAAAAUUUAUUUAGGAUAUUUCUACGACAGUUAUAGUAAAGCAAUUUGCUACUUAGCUAAAUAUUUUUAGGUAAAUAAAUUGAAAAUAUAAUUGGCGGCCAGACGCCGUCUCUCCAUACGAACAGAUGGUUUCCAGACAGAUCAGUUGUCCGGAUAGAUUCCCAUUUCCCUAGUCCAGUUUCCUUGUUGUUUGCAUUUCCCCUAACGUAGAACUGAUGGGACCUGAAUACUACUUUAUCUACUCUUGAACUUCAAGCCACCGUUAAACUGAAGAUCCGUUUACAACAUAAAUAUUCUGUAAAAGUUUAGUUUCAGGGUCGUAUGUAAACCUAUUAUAAUUUCAGGAAAGAUUUAGCAUAGAGUUACUAAAUAUAUGCUUAUUGGUGUUGUGCUAGAAUUUUUUGUGUAGAAGGGUUAUUUAUAGUUCUUUAGAUCACAUUCCAAUCACCAGACGCAAAAUUACAGGAGAAAGAGAGCGAGGCAACAUGAAUACGACGCAUGACUGCAAUUCUUUACUUUUGCUACAUUUUCCUCCUCCGAAUCCUUACUUCCUCAAUGUUUCAAUUUCAUAUUGAGCUCUACCAGCGGUGUAAUUCAGAUGAAUAUUUGGAUGUUUACUUUAGACUGCAAGGGAGACUUUUUCAAAGGGACAGAAGACUUUUUUGUACAAACAACUACAGAUUCCUGAUUUAUGAUACUCCUCUAGUCCUUCAAGAUUAUUUUGAUUAAUAAAGAAAGUCCUACCAAAGGUUGCUAUAUUUGUAAAAUUUUGCUUCUAACUAGCCAAACUGAUUGUUAGAGAAUCUUAAUUUUGACAUCUAUUACAUGGGCGAAAAAGAUACUAUAACAAAAUUGACGAUUUAGAUGAAAAGCAUCAGUUUCUCAUUGAUUUUUUCGGGAUAGUUUUGUACUCUUGCGUUGAUUUGCUCAGCCAUAGAUUGUGUCUGUCUUGGAUUAGAAAGGCCGUAAUUUUAUCAUAAAUGUUUUGAAAUGUCUCUGCUUUACAUCCAACAAUGCUUUGCGGUACACAGAGCACAUUCUUCAACAUUCUCGUUGCUUUGCUUCCUUCUUGCAUGCACAUGUCCAGUGUACGAAUGAACAUUAUUGUACCCAUGAACCCUAUGCAAAAAUUUCUCUACCGAUGUUGGAUUUUUACUUCGUUAAAGUCACGACUGUGUCUCUGCCAAAUUGCGUUAAUUUCCUGUAGCAUUGAGUAAUUUUUUAAACAAUACCCGGGAAAUUUUUCUGAUUGUGAACUAAACCCAUCCAUAAUUUCAUUACAUACAGUAGUUUCAAGCCAUGAGGAGAAAUACCUCCUUUUGUCAUUUUCAACCUAGUUAUUUCCAAGAUAGCACCACCUCUGGUCCCAAUGGUGUGUAUUGUCAUUUUCCCAGUUGUGUUUUAAGUGCAACUUCAGCCCUUUUUAUGUUGCUUAGGAGUCUCUAAUUUUGGUACUUUUCACGUUAACUGUCUCUCAGCCCUUUGCUUUUCAAAGGUCAGUUUGACAAUUCCAGACCCUUAAAUGCUAAUGCCGCCUUGAGGCAUCAAACUUCCCUUUUUUUACUCCAGGGGCAGCUUUGUAGCAGUGUGCCAGUUUACCUGUCGUUUCUUUGCUUGCUUUACCUUUAGUUGUGAUUUAUAUCUAUUAGCUUUGUAUAAUUCAAAACGAAUUAAUUUUGCUGCCAAAAGCUUUAUUUAUCUAUAUUUUAUUUAAUUCCAGAUUUGAUUUGGCGUUAUACCGAAA